UCUCUGCAUUUUCAUAUAAACUGGGGGGGGAUCAAACAGGGGAGAGAGGGGAGUCGGGAAGGAGACAAGUUCCUGGGCAUCUGUAGCGCCGGGAGGGGAAGAUCCUGCUUGUUACCCCGGCUUCUUACCCCAGCCCGGGGCAUCUGCACACAGAGGGAGGGGGUAAAGCCUGGCGGAGCUUCUAUACACAACUGGGGGUAAAACUUCCACCCCGACCCCAAAUCAUCAGUAAAAAAGAAAUAACUCUUGUUGCCCCAACCCCUAUCUAUAGGGAAGGGGGUAACACUUUCUGCCCCAGAGAGAAGGAGAUACAACCAAAUACCCCCCAAGCUCCGGGAGAAGCAAAGGAACUGCCCCAGCAUCUUCCCAAAAGGAAUUCCUGCCGUCCUGACUCCUGAGCGUUUGUAGCGCUGACUUUGCGGUCCCUAUUGCGACUCUGGUCCUUAUUGCGACUCUGGUUCCGACACCUGUUAGGAAGAAACAGGUGGGGGGGGGGCUCAGUUUGCUCUGAACCUGGAGAAAUUACACAGUCGGACGAUCGGAUUGGAAGAGCCUCCCCGGUCGCAGGGAACCGGUCGCUCCCGACUGCACAACGUGUUCGGCCGAACCAGAGACUGAGAGUGCCCAGGGGCAGCUCAUUUAACCCUCUCAGCUCUGGCUCUCACACAAGGGACCUGGAGUUGAGUGAAGUCGCCUGUCGGGAAGUUGGGGGGGGCAUUUAGUGCAUUGGGGGUCCUGGGAAUGGUUACUACUUUCUGAUUAAGGAUUACCGAGGAGACUUUUAGGGGGCUCUGGAUUGUAAUUAAGCACCGAGGGGGUUCCUUCUGGCUGGGGUCCCUCUCUGGGUGCCUGGGUGCUGCUGUAGCGCAGAGAGAACAUCACAUGAACUUGGGAGGGAGGGAGUCAGGCAGCCCCCACCCCUCCCACACCCCCAGCCCCCCCGCACUCAGGCUGCAGCCCACCAGUCAUUACCAGGGGAGGAGAGGCAACUUGGCAUCACUUUAGCACUUGGAGCCGUGUUUGUGGGAGCAGAGGAGCAGUGUUGGGGGGACAGGGGGCACCCCCUGAAGAAGAGGAGCAGCUUUUAAAGGGGUGGGAUCGGUGCUUUGUUAGGAGGAGACUGAUCCUCGUACCCCUUUCCCCGGACCUGAAUUUGGGGGAGCAGAUCGGCGCACCCCCGUACCUUGGAGCUAAAUUCGGAGGGGAAUAUCGGCGCUUCCCGGUCCCUGGAGCUAAUUUAUAGGGGCCACAUCGAGCCCCCCUUUCACUGGAGUUGGAUUCGGGGGGAGGGCAGCCCGGCGCACCCGUUCCUUGGAGCUGAUUUGGGGGGGAGACACCGGCGCACCCCGUUUCCCUGCUGGAGCCGAGGAAGGCGCUGAUUAGGGCGCACCGUGUGGCUCCGGAUUGACACCCCGGGCUGUGGGGCUGGAUCCAGGCCGGGCUGGGGAUGCUGGAGCUGAGCUGAACGAUGGAGAUUUUGUGGCUUUUCCUCCUCUCGCUCAUUCCGAGGGGCAACAGGGGACAAGGAGUGUACGCCCCGCCUCAGGCACAAAUCAUACACGCGGGGCAGGCCUGUGUGGUGAAGGAAGAUAACAUCAGCGAGCGCGUUUAUACCAUACGGGAGGGGGACAUCUUGGUUCUGCAGUGCCUGGUGACGGGCCACCCGCGACCUCAGGUACGAUGGACAAAAACUGCUGGCAGUGCCUCCGAUAAGUUCCAGGAGACCUCCAUCUACAACGAAACAUUGUACAUUGAGAAGGUCCAGAGGAUGCAGGGAGGUCGAUACUAUUGUAAAGCCGAGAAUGGGGUUGGGGUCCCAGCCAUCAAGUCCAUUCGAGUAGAUGUGCAGUAUCUAGAUGAGCCCAUUCUCACCAUUCAUCAGACCAUUAGCGACGUGCGAGGGAGCUUCUACCAAGAGAAAACAGUUUUCCUGCGCUGCACGGUCAGUUCCAACCCGCCGGCGCGGUUCAUAUGGAAACGGGGUUUCGAGAUUCUCUCCCACAAUCAGGACAACGGAGUGGAUAUUUAUGAGCCACUGUAUACACAGGGUGAAACCAAAGUACUAAAGCUGAAGAACUUGCGGCCCAAAGACUACGCCAACUACACGUGUCAAGUAUCUGUACGGGAUGUUUGCGGAAUACCGGAUAAAUCCAUCACUUUCCAACUCACUAACAGAACAGGGGCAGCUUGGUGGGGUCGAGCAGGACUGGCCAAUCAGGUGUAUAGAAGCAAGAGGUCCAUCCAGACUCCCUUAAGGAUCAAUGCAGAGGCUGCUCCGCCUGCGCUCAGGUUGUCCGUCAACGAGACGUUGGUGGUGAACCCUGGAGAUAAUGUGACCAUUCAGUGCUUGCUCACGGGAGGAGAUCCACCCCCUAAGGUCGUCUGGUCACACAACCAAAACGUCGUGCCCUCCAAGGGGGGGAACCUCACCAUAUGGAACGUUCGUCCUGAGAAUUCCGGUUACUACAACUGUACGGCCACCAACAACGUGGGGAAUCCUGCGAAGAAGACAGUCAACCUCUUAGUGAGAUCCAUGAAAAAUGCCACAUUUCAAAUCACUCCCGAUGUCAACAAGGAGAGCGAGAACAUCCAGUUGGGUCGGGAUCUGAAGCUCUCGUGCCACGUAGACGCCGUUCCACAGGAGAAAGUUGUGUACUCUUGGUUCAAGAACCAACGGACGGUAGUGCACUCUAGACGGCGACUGGAGAUCAGUAGAAAUGACCCAGAUCUUCCUCCGGACACCAGUAGCCUGGAUUUCUUUGACUUGCGGUUCAGUGACUAUGGCACCUACAUGUGCGUGGCCUCAUUUCCAGGAACACCAACCCCAGAACUCAGCAUUGAGGUCAAUAUAUCUGCUGAAACAGUGCCCCCAACACUGACAGUGCCCACGGGACAAUCCAUCAUUACAGUCCGGGAAGGCUCGAGAGCAGAGCUGCAGUGUGACGCACGGGGAAAGCCCAAGCCACCCAUCCUUUGGACACGGGUGGACAAAGAGGGACCAUUGCCCACUGGAGAAAUGAUAGCGGAGACCUAUGAUGGGAAAUUAAGACUGGAGAACGUGACCCGAGAAAUGAGUGGGACAUACAAGUGCCAAACGGCACGAUACAACGGCUUUAACAUCCGACCCCGGGAAGCCACGGUACAGCUGAAUGUUCAGUUUGCCCCUGUGGUUGAACCCAAGCUGCGAGAGAUACGCCAGCCCAUGCACACCGGCUUCACAAUGAGGUGCGACCUGUUAAAGGGGAGCCCGCUCAAACUCGCCACGGCCAUAUGGAGGUACAACCGGAACCUGCUCAACGUGCCCCCCACAGAGCAGAUGGAGUAUUCAGAACUGAGGAUCAACAGCCUGACCCAGAAGACCAGUGGUACCUACGAAUGUACCGUCUCUAAUGACGUCGGCUCUGACUCUUGUGUCUUUCAGGUGACCGGGAAGGCCCUCAGCCCAGAGUUCUACUACGAUACCCCAAGUCCCAUUAAGGUCUACAAGCAGUUUAGGAACUACUCAUAUUUACUUCAGUGGACCCAGAAGGAGCCUGGCGCUGUGGAUCCAAUUACAAGCUAUGUGCUGGAGUACCGUCAGACAACCCUGAGAAAUACAAUGAGCAAAAACAUCCCGGUUGGGGGGAUCCAGAAGGGGCAACUCCAGCAGUACCUACUCACUGACCUAAAAGCCAAUCAGAGUUACGAGGUGCAACUGACGCCGUUUACUAAUUUUGGAGCCGGAGACUCGGCCUCCAGGAUCAUCCGAUACACAGAACCCUAUUCCCUCAGUCCCUCAGACAACACGUGCCGGUUCGAUGAUGACAAGAUGUGUGGGUUCGUGCAGGACCGGAAGGACAACUUUGAUUGGACACGACAGAGCAUGCAGACAGAGAACCCCAAGAGGACGGCCAACACCGGGCCCAGAAUGGACCGCAGCAACACCCCAGAAGGGUACUACAUGUUUAUUGAAGCCUCUCGGCCCCGACUGCCAGGGGAGAAAGCUCGGCUGAUCAGCCCCACGUACAACGUGACCACCAAGCCCCCGUACCACAGGACCACCUUCUGCGUCUCGUUCUACUACCACAUGUACGGGAGGCACAUAGGGAAUCUGAACCUGCUGAUGAGGCUGAAGAGUAAAGGUACCAUAGACACCCAGGUGUGGAGCCAGAGCGGGGACAGAGGGAACAAAUGGCAGCACGCUAUGGUCCCUAUUAGCGCCACGGGCCAAUUCCAGGUUGUAUUUGAAGGUGUGAGAGGCUCAGGAAUCGAAGGGGACAUUGCUAUUGACGAUGUUACAGUGAGGAAAGGAGAAUGUCAGUGGAAGCAAGUGCCGCCAAGUAAAGACGUGAUGCCUCCUGGAAGCUCCACCUGCAAGGUCCUCCCUACGGCUCUCCAUUGGGCCUUCUUUCUCUUCGUGCUGCUGAGAUGAUACCGAGCCAAUGACGCUGCUCAUUCCGACUAAGGCUCCCCCAACCUCGCAUCCUUUCCUCCUCCAGUCCUCCUCCGUCGCAGACACACCAAAGUGUCCACAGUUACCAAAGACCAACGAGCAUGACUGCUUGAAGGACCCCCCCAACAAGAAUAAUCAGACUGGGAGGUCUCCUUGGAGAAGGUCAUGGUAUCUCCACAGUGUGUGGAAAGGAACGUGAAGAAGAAAGAGAUAGAAUCUAGGGGAAUGGGGCGAAGGACUGACUCUUGAAGACUUUGUAUCCACAUUGACUUGUGGUUAAAAACAAGCAACAAACAAACUUUGAUGAAAAUUAUAAGCACAAAUUUCUAUCUGGACUUUUCUGGGAUUGGGGGAAACAAUGGCUACGAAUCCGCUCGAGGUCAGCGGAGAUAACGCGGAAGAAAUUCCGGCUGCUGCAUUCUAUUUUCUACGUAGGUUUCUUUUCUCGUGCUGCUGCUGCCGCCCAUCUGCCUCCAUGUAGUCUCACACGCCAGUUGCAUGUGCUUCCGUGCCCAUAUCUGCAUCCAGCCCUCACCCCGCGUACGCCGACGCUCACGGCCUUCGCUAUAGCAGUCACGUUUGUUGGCGAAAGGGAACUUUUACUCUGCUGGCCUUUGGAAAAAUGAUCCCUUCCACAGCAAAUGUGUAGAGACUUGACAGAAGGGGAAGCUGGGGGAAUCCCCCCUCUAUUCCAGUAGCUAUGGAUCCGUUCCUUGGUCUUCCCUCUUGUCAUGCUACUGUUACAUACAUCUCAUUUUAUCUAGAGCGCCCCUUGCAGGUCAGGAAGACCAAACAAUGAUGGUGAAACAAUAUGGGUUUGUUGCUUUAUUAGAGAUAAUUUUUAGGGAGGCCACAUCAUUCAGUAGAUAUUUCGGAGCUGCCAAUGUCCUUUUCUCUUCUGUCGGAGACAUGCAGUGUUGGAUUGGCCAGCCAAGGUACCACUCCCAGUGGGCUCUCUUGCUCCUAAACCAUUUGGCCUAGUUCAUAGUCAUUCCCUAUGUUUGAAUGGAACCAAAGAGAAGAAAUAGAUGGGAGGAUAGAUGCUAGCACUCAAAGAACAAAGACUAAUAGAAUGUAGAGGGUUAGAAUUAUGGUUAUUAGGGUUAGGGUUGAGCAAGGAAUGGAGGAAAAAUAGUUUGGAGAGUUGGCCUAUGGUCUAAAGUUUUCUGGUGGGCCCUGGGUUAGGGUUUUUAGGGUUAGGAUUGAGCGAGGAAAGGAGGAAAAAUAGUUUGGAGAGUGGGCCUAUGGUCUAAGGUUUUCUGGUGGGCCCUGGGUUAGGGUUU